AUGAGCCUUUCUUGGACGAGCUUGAAUAGACCCGACGGCUCCUGGACGCUACUAGAGACUCGGCAGGACACGGGAGACCGCGUCUUUACUCGAGCAGCAGGCGACGCCGAGACUGCAUUCUACUGGGACGGCGAGUUCGCGGGGACGGCAGAUGUUGCCGACCGUACGGUCGUACGCUUGGAGCCUGCAUUGCACCUCGACGACCCAAAGGCAGACGAAGCGCGCUUCCGUGAUAUAUGGUCAGCUGUCAAGAGACGCUAUCCUUUGCUGGCGGCGCGCUUUGAGGAGAUCGACGGAGGGAAUGCUGUCCGGUUUGUGCUCGACGAGGCGCGACUACGUGACAUUACCGACCCCCAGGAGUUUGAGUUCAUACCCAACGCCGAUUUGGAAGCAUCGACCGCAGCCGUACAACGCGUUCUGAGCCCGCGACCACGUCGCCUAUCCGCGACUCUUAUAGCGGCCAUAUCAAUUUUGCGGCGUGCGGACGAUACAUAUGAGAUUAUCACAGUCGGCUCGCAUGCCAUCCUCGAUGGAAUGGCAAGCUGCACACUUGCCCGCACUAUAUGUGACCUGCUUUCGCGUUGGCCUGCUUCGCUGGAGGUUCCCAUCCCAGACCUCGAACAGCGCCUCGAGAUGGCACCCUCCCUGGAAUCAUUGCAUACCCAACUUCACCUCUCACUACCGCGCCGACGCUGGAGAACCGCGAUCGCCCGAAUCAUCAUGAACCGACAGAUGUCCAUUCUCCGCGGCGGACACACUCUUCCCCGCAAGUGGACCUCCCAAUCUCCCGGACAGCCGGCCGAUUCUCGAGUCGCGCGCGUGCGUCUCCCGAGCGAUGCUACUCCAAAAGCCCUCGCCGCCUGUCGCGCAAACGGUGUAACGUUUGGGCUUCUAUUGCCCAUACUUGGGCAGGUGGCUCUCUCACGUCUUCUCCAUCGUCGGGUGAAAGGUGGAACACUUACCCUUGAGGAAUGGGAAACUCGUAAGAGGAUUCCUAUGCACGGUGGCGGGCCUGUGAACUUGAGGCCAUCUGUCGUCGCCGACUGGCAGCAAGCUGGUGGUCACACAGAGAUAGGUCUGUGCAUUGGCUUCUUCCGGUGUACAUUGCCGUACAUACCCCGUGCUGCCCUUUCGAAUGCCGAAGACGCGACAUCGUUUGAGACCGACGCAACGGGUGCCCCACCUUUCGCUGCACUGCUUUCACCGAAGAGGUUCUGGUACCGCGUCAACUUGAUCAAACGCGCCGCCGCCAAUGUGUAUCGCCAUCCACUUUUCCAAGAUAUGCAAGCUCUCAGCAAUCCUAUGCGCAUCACGCGCGGGCAGGCGGCCGCUCAUGCGUGGCGAAGUGCUCUAGCAGGCGAGGAGGUACCGCCUUUGCCUGAAAUGGACCCCGAAGCUCUCGUGUUCACGCAUAUUGGUUCAAGCAUGGGAAAUAUGGAUUCCGUGAUUCCUCUCACUUUCCCGCAAGGCAGCGACACGACCGUGCACCGACUCUCGUCCGACAUGUACCUGCACUGCCGACCCGGAGAGCUCUAUCUCGGCGCGAAAACGACGCAUGGUGCGACGGAGUUCUAUGUCUUCUAUGACGGCAAUGUGUACGAAGAUGCGGUCAUUCGUGAAUGGUUGGAGGAGGUCGAGCUUGUCUUCCAACACUAUCUCUGUGCAUAG